AUGUCUUUCGUGCUUGAAAGAAGUCAAACUGAAAUUAAACGGACAACAGUUACAGUUACUAUACCUGAAAACAAUGUUGCCCAUCUAAUGUAUUAUUUGAGCUGUGUAUGUACAGUUAUUGAUUGUAAUGAUGACGCUCAAAUUCAACGCUUCACGUCUUAUCAAAAUUGGAAUCAGUUGACAAUCGAUGAUCAAAAAGUUUUGGUUUUCCUCUGCUCUACAUUUAGUCCUGAUGUUUUCAAUGACAAAGUUUUCUUUCAAAAGGAUUCUCUUUGUGUCCAUCACGAAAAUGAAUUCUACGAAAUCAAUCAACAAAAUCAUGUUUUAGUAGGAUCUGAAUCGGUUCUAAUUGCCGGACGUUUACGUCGUGUCACCAAAUUUAUGACAUAUAAGUUGUCUUGGCUGCAAAAAUACUACAUUGGCCCACUGGGGCGGCUCACUGAGCGACUAAAUCGUCCAUUACAACAUUCUACUAGGCAGCCUAUUGAAUAUCGGCCAUCUACAACUACUAAUAGCGCACCGACUUAUAAUUCAUAUAGUGCUCCAGUAAAAUCAAGAAAACGCACUCUUUUUGUGUGGAUAACUGUAUUCUGUGUUAUAUUUUUUAUAUUGCCUAGUAUCAUUGGAGGUAUUGUCGCUGCUGCGAGAAGAUAG